AUGUUAAGUAAACAUGUACGGUCACCAAUUCAAUGUGGUUGUGCAUUUUAUCAACCAGUAAUACGUACUCGUAUUGUUGGUGGUAUUGAACGUAUACCACAUUCAUGGCCAUGGAUUGUUAGUAUUCGAUUAGCUUCCACAAAUUCUCCUUUUUGUGGUGGUUCACUUAUUACUGAUCGAUAUGUUCUUACAGCUGCUCAUUGUUUUUAUGAUGAAUUAAAAAAGACAGGUGGUAAAACAACUGCAGCAAUUAGAUCUAAAUAUAUCUUUGUAAUUGGUGCUCAUUAUUCAACAGAAAAAAAUACAUAUUUAAAUAGUCAUUUACAUGUAUCAGCGAAUUUAAUUAUUAUAAAUCCACAAUAUGAUACAAAUACCAAAAUCAAUGAUAUUGCUCUUAUUGAAUUAAAUAGAUCAGUCGCUAUUGGAUGGGGACGUGUACGUGAAGGUUCUUUUGGUCGUGCUAGUAAUGUACUUUUACAAGUUGAAUUACCUAUUCAAUCAUCUUAUAUUCGACCAUCAGAUUGCGCUGAUCAAGUAUAUGAUCCAGAAAAACAAUUUUGUGCUGGUUCUACUCAAGGUGGAAAGGAUACUUGUCAAGGCAAUAGUGGUGGACCAUUAAUGUUGACUUAUAAUUAA